AUGGCUAAGUUUGCUUCCAUCAUCACCUUCCUCUUCGUUGUUCUUAUUAUCUUUUCUGUUUUUGAAGCACCGACGAUUGUGGAAGGACAGAAGUCAUGCAAGAGGCAGCCUUUGUCAGGGAGAAAAUUUUGUAUGAAGGAUGGUGAUUGCCGGAAGAUUUGCGUCGAAGCUGAGAAAGCAACUCGUGCUACUUGCGAUUAUACAUUCCCAAGGCGCAUUUGUUACUGCCACUUUCCAUGUUAA